AAUGGACAGAAAAUGUGCUUUUCUUUCAAAAACAAGGACAUUUCUAAGUGACCCCAAACUUUUGAACGGGUAGGUAUGGUAUGUAUAAAUAUUUUUUGGAGUACUGCUAAAUUAAUAUAGGGAAACACUGCACCCCUGACAAACGUGUCCUGUCUGAGUGUUACACCGAAAAAAAAGUUUUUCUUUUUUUUAAUCUGAAAUAAAUCUUUUUUUUUUAAUUCUUUUUUUUUACUAUUUGUACAUAGGUGGCCCGGGGGGGGAAAUACGAAAUUUAUAUGCAGAAAAACCCUGCAAUCCUCUGAGAAUUUCUAUUAAUUGCGUGUAGAUUGAAGGCUCUGUGGUUGUACCUUUUGAACUAGCGAGUGUUGUUGCCCCAGUUGACAUGCCAUGUUGAGAAUCUAACACAAACACAGUAUUAGUAGUCAACACAGUCCGCUACGCUGAGAAAGCAGCUCAUUUCCUAUGAGUUUUUUUGUUGGCAAGAAACUAUAUUUGGGUUGGGUUUUCCACACCUCCCAGCUGUAGGAGGAGGAAAUGGAGCAUGUUAAAUAACAUUUAAUUUCUGUUAAGAUAACCAUUCUGUUUUUGCUUUUCUUUGUUAUUCAAGAAGCACACUACUAAAGAAGCUUAGAAGGCAGAAAAUGACCCUGAGUUCUCAAGUGAAAGACUGAAGGUGAAUGUGUCGGUGUCACCUCCAUUUCACUUGUGUCCACACUUCAGUUUCCAAAGCCAGAUGGAUUCCUAUAAUUUAAACUUUGAGAAAAUGAGCAACCUGGACCUGCACCCCCUGAGCCUACCAUUGAGUCGGCUCUCCCCAGCCAAGUCCACCAGCAGCAUCGACCAGUUCACAUACCACCACGGCAAGGGCGACUCGGCCUACAGCUCCUUCUCUGGGGGCUCCAACGCCCCAGACUACCCCUUCCUUCCAGAUGACCUCCAGCACCACAGCCUGCACUAUGCCGACCUGAAGUAUGUGAAGGCCAUCUACCACCCCAAUGUCCUCGACUCUGACGCCAAGAGCAUGGAUCAGCUCUACCGCUCCAUGGAGGCCAUCUCAAACCAGUAUCGUAACAACAAUGGCUGCCUGAGUGCAACACAGUACUGUGAUCAGAAUCAAGAAAAGCUGCCACCCCCUCCUCCUCAGCUGCCUCCACCCCCCGACCGCCUGGACAGCUUCAUAGCCACCAGGAACCUGGAGAACUGCAGGGCGCAGCACAGUCCCGAGGGCCAGCUGGCAGACAGGUCUCCUCCACGACCCCGGACAGCUAAUCCUGAUGCUGCCUGUCUCAGGCCAGACCGAGUCUAUGGUCGUCGGGCCUCACAGCCCUAUCACAGGGACCCAGUCAACUCUGACCACAUGGAUAAGAACCCUGAGCAGCAAACGUCAGCAAACAUCUUAAGCCGAUCACCCCCUCGCAUGAGUCAGCCUGAGCAGCACCCUAAUCAGCAGGCUGGUGGUGGCGGCCAUUCGGAGGGUCACCGUAAGAGGACGCAAGAGCCCCGCGGGUCCCUCCUGCCGGAGCCACCGCAAUCCGCCAUCCCCUUGCAUGUGGCACAGAACAUGGUCAACAGCAGCAUCCAACACAAGGGCCAGUUCUACUUCGUUACAGGUGUUUGUAAGUCGUCAGAGUCCAGUCUGAAGCAUGGUUCUCUGUGUGUGUCAGGGGAAGGCAGUGAGAGCCCUGUGUCUGAGCCUGUGGACAGGGAGAGGUUGCACAGCACCAUGGACCACAUGUUCAGGAACACCCAACAGAGGCACUAUAUCACCCAUGACACCACAACAACCGAUGUCAGAGAGUUUUACACCAAGAGUCAAGAUAGAAGCCAAGAUGAGGUGAAACAGACUCGGAGUAGGAUUUCAUAUGGCCCCUCUCACAUUUUAAACCAGCGCUCCCGCAGUUCCGAUGCUUUACAACAAAGUCUCAAGGUCCAGAGCAGAGAGAUCGGCAGGCAUCACAGCCCCAACCACCACAUCUUCUCCUGCGGCCGAGAGGAGAACUGUCCGCUGUUAUCAAAUUCCCACAGCCAGGAAGUCCCUCCACCGAUCAGCAUGGAGCAGGCCACCCACCACAAGAGAGACGAACAAAUCAACGCAGGGAGGAGGCGGCCAUUAGGAGGCGUGGCCAGCCAGAAGAUCAACAAGGAAAACACCCCGCUGCUCUACCACCUCACUGGAGCCAACAGGGCGGCCCUAAAUUUGAAUUUGAAGCCCAAAGAUGACAUUGAGGUCAGUAUGCAAGGUGAAGAUGCAGGCCUCAAUGCUGCUCAUGAGGAAAGGCAAGCUCCCGUUAGCUGUAGUGAUAGGACACCACACGGUGAAACAUCCAAGGAGGAGAGCACGGAGGCGAUCGCCCACCCCUGCAACAUGCUGGACGACUCCUUUAAGAAGUACUACAAGGAGAAACUGAAGGGCGCCCAGGAUAAGGUCCUCAGGGAGACCUCCUUUAAGAGGAGUGACCUGCAGCUGUCCUGGCCCCACAGAGUGAGGCAGAGGCCUGAGCUCAGGCCCACGGUACUUCACACAGUCUCCUCUUCACAGGACUCUGAGACCUCAGCAGACACACUCACCCCCUCCCCAACACACUCUGAGGGGACAGAUAAGGAGGACAUAAAGGAAAUGCUGAAGGAGGUUGAGAAAGAGAGCGUGGUGAAGGACGGUGAAAAGGAGAACGGGAGGCCAGCGAACAUUGCCCAGCCUCAGUUGGCUCGUAUCGGGGGCAGGAGGUGUCUGACUUCAGAGCAGAAGAAGCUGUGCUACUCAGAGCCGGAGAAGCUGAACCAGCUGGGUGACUCGGGUGAAGUAGGACUGCUGGUACUUUCAGGCGAUGAGGAGGAGCUGGGAGAACAGGGCCUGGUGGCAGCUAGGAGGAAGAUGUUUGAGACCAAAGGCAGGGCCCUGUCCACCUCCAGCCUCUCCAAGACCUCCCUGCAGCACCUCCAGCACAAGGCCCUGGUGGCCUACAUGGAGCGCAAGACGGGCCUCAAGGUGGCUAAGCCCCAGCAGCCUGCCCCUCAAGCCUCUCAAUCCCCCAACCAGAGGCACUCCAUGGCUGGGAAGCCAUCUGACUGGGGUCUCAAGCCUCAGUCUGGGAAUAAAGGAGGCCUCAAGAAGAAGCUGUACAGGCCCCAUUCCGCUGGAUGCGUCCUGGACUCGACCUCCAGCUCCAUGAAGUAUGCCCAGUUCAGCUCCGGCUCCUCUCAGUCCGGAGGUCAUUCCCACCAGGCUAGCUGGAGAGAGUCACCCAGCCCCUCUCAGGGGAAGUCUGCCUCUGUGGAGAGUCUUCUGGACCAACCAGAACCACCUGAGUUGUUCAGAAACCGCUUCCCCUCAACACCCCAUGCAUUUCAGGGUCACAACUACAUGAAUGAUCCAUCACCAGUCAAUGCUAUGGACACGUCCAGUGCUCAGACUCAGAGGCCAGUGGAUGAGGAGAGUGUGGUGGUAAGGAGAGACCAAGCGAUGCUAGUCCCUGAGGGUCAGCGGGUCCGGGUGAUGGGUCGGCGGGUCCGGAUGGUGGUCAAGCGGGGAAAGUCCCUGGAGGAGUUGGGUGUGUCCCAGGUCAGCAGCUCCUCACUCCUCAGUGAGAGCUCUGAGCAGCUGGGCCAGCUCCGCAGCAGGCAGGGGGCCCCAGGACCAGGCCAGGAAAAAAUCAGCGUAUCAUCCUUCAGCGAGAGCCAGGAGAAAGCCCAGGGGCAGACCCAGAGGAAGCCCCUCUUCAAGCAGGACUCUGCACCACAGCUGGGCAGUAGGGAGAAAAGUAGGGAGAUGACAAAAAGCACCAGGAUGUCCACUACGCCUAACUCCCCAGAAUCAAACACCUCGUCUCAGGUCAGGGCUCGUUCAGAUGGGUCCCCUGGAUCAUACAACUUUGUCACUUUGGUUAAAGAGGUGGUGGAGACCACUGGGCUCUCCUGCGACGUCACACUCCCACCGUCCCCUAACGUUCAGCAGUCCAGUGAGAGAUUGGUCAAGUCCACCUCAACUUUUCCCUCCAUACAUACCCAUCCCAGUGGCACUGGCGAGAGCAAGACUGGCUCCAACAGUGUGAAAACUGCCCCUCCUAUACAACACACUGUGGAGAGAGAGCAGUCAGUGGACGAGCCCAUUGAGACUCCUCAACCCGAGGCCUCUCAGGAAGUCUCCCUGAGCUGUGGAGUCACCACAGACCCGACUCUGUGGGUCAUACCACCUGAACCAGGGAGCCAAGUGGAGGACGAGGGCCCAGCCCUUUCUGAUAAUCUGACAGAGGGAGAGACUCUAGCCCCUGCUCCAGCAGCUAGUGAGCCCCUUACAACUUCCUCCACCACACCAGACCCUGACACUGACACCUGCCAGAGUGGAGAGGGCCAACACCCAGGAGAAGACAAGGAAACCGAGAAGGAGACCCCAGCAGGAGAGACAGAGAGCCCAGAAAAGACACCCACCACUGAGGAGCCAAAGUGGGAGGAGCUGGUGGAGGACGUGGUCACAGCAGACCAAUCGCUGGCACGGGUACUGUACCCGUUGACCAAUCGUAAGACGGCGCUGAUGCUGAUGGAGCAGCUGCUGUCAGAAGACACUCUGUUGAUGGAGGAGCACUAUAAGAAGAAGCAAAGAGAAAGCAGCAUGACACUGCAUGCUGCUGACGGCUCUAAAACAGUGGAUGAUCCUGAAGCACCUCCCACAUCUCCUGUUGAUGAGGAAGUCCAACCCCAACCAGAGCCACUAAGCAAGAUGGAUGUCACAGAGAAGAAGAGGCUGCUAGUGACGUGUAUUGAGGAGCGCCUGCUGGCCUUGGGGGAGCCCCGUGGUGCCCUGCAGGUGGAGGUGAAGGAGAAUGGGAUGCGUGGCGAGGCCGUGGAGGCCCUGGUUCGGGAGCACUGUACAGCAGUGGAGCUGGAGCGCUACGGCCUGUUCGUAGGAGACUUGGAGCGCGUGGUUAGCCUGCUUCUGUGUCUGUCCGCCCGGCUAGCCCGCGUGCAGAACGCCUUGAGUACCGUGGACCAGCACACAGACGCAGAGGAGAAAGAUUCUCUGGACAACCGUCACCGUCUACUGUGUAAGCAGCGGGAGGAUGCCAAAGACCUGAAGGACAACCUGGACAGACGGGAGCAGAUGGUGUCUAACUUCCUGUCUCGCUGCCUGACAGCCGAGCAGCUCCAGGACUACCGGCGCUUUGUUCAGACCAAGGCCUCGCUCCUCAUCAGGAUGAAGGACCUAGAUGAGACGCAGCGUCUGGGGGAAGAGCAGCUGGAGUCCCUGCUCAACACCCUCCCUCCAUGAGGACCACCACUAGGUCACCAUUCUACUCAUCUCCCCCAGCCAUCCAUCACCUCUCUGGGCUUAUAGAGCCCUGAAUCCCCUCUGCUUCCUCCAUCCUGGGUUGUUACCAGCCAGCACAAUCACAUGGGUGUCCAUAUGUAUAGUAUGUGUAAGUAUAGUAUGUGUAAGGAAUAUAUGUGUCUUAGAAGGGUGUUGAAGUUAGGACUACAAUGUGGAAUGUCCUGUACAUCACCUUUUAAAAUGAAAAGUGAUAUGUCCUUUUCACCUCUGCCUGCAACUUAAAAAAAGAUAUAUAAAAAAAAGAUAUAUAUAAAAUAAGCUUUAGGAUUGUAUUUAGGAUUGUAUUUAGGAUUGUAUUCUGGCCUUGUGGUCUUGUUCAUCAUUCAUACUAGACUGUAUGUGUCUGUCAGAGCUUGAAAGAGGGUGAUAAAUGCUGUAUAUCUCAGUCAAAAUAGGCGGUAGAUUUAAUCUCCAUAUAUUUGUAUUUUUUUUUUUAUGCAUUUAAAAUGAAGGCACUAGAUAAAAACCAAAAAGGUGAAUGAAAAAAAAAAACACUGAUAUGUGACUGCACGUUUCUGUUUUCUUUUGAAAACAUUUAUUUCAAACGCUAAGCCUUACUCCAGCCAAUGUUAUUUUUUUCUACUGAUUUGUAGAGGAAUUCUCCGCAUUAUGGGGUUUUAUAUGGUACAUAAGCACAUUCAACGAGGCCGAUUAUGUACAGUAUUACCAUUGCUAUUUAGGCUACAGUCAUGUAUUGUGGUCUCAUGCUGACAAAGUUCCACUAAAGAGGUAAACCUCUUAAAAUGAAAUGAAGCAUUUCCAUUCCAGAUUAUUUGCUUGAAAAUAUCCUUUGGAUCUCACAAACUAUGCUUACUUUAAAUUAUUAAAAAUGAAAUGCCCAAGAACUUGACCACAGGUGUUUUAACUCUCCCUGUCGGUCCUCUACCUCCUUCCGCCAGAUGUUUUUUGUUGUUGUUGGCCGUCUCUGCACUCUAGAAGCAGUGAAUCUGUUCUCACUCUAAUAAUAUGGAAUCCCUAUGGUGACCUUCAAUGUAAGCCUUACCCAGAAAAAGCCCUCCUCAUGAGGGAGCGUAUUUAUUUGUUUUGACUUGUGUGGAAUUGCACUACAAUAAAUCUUCAUUUUAGACAUUAUUUCCAUAAUAA